AUGGCACACGCAGAGGACUGCUCCACAGUGCUGGAGCAGUUUGUCCAUGAUGCUAAUAGUGGCAUAGUGGCAAACCUUCCGGCUGAGAUAAGCCAUUUGAUGGAGGAGAUCCAGGCAAAGGACAAGAUAAUACAGGAAUGUCGUGCUUUGAUAAACUCCCGCGAUGGCAGCCUGCAAAAAUUUAUAAAACUAAACGGCAGUCACGCGCUCAACCCUAAAGAGGAAUCGUACAGCAAUGCAAUACUACAGAACAUGGACCGCUCCCAGGUGCUACAGGACGAGAAGAUCGCGCUGAGCGAGAAAGCGGCCGUUAUCCUUGAUAGGCAUAUCAAAAAGCUGGAUAUCAAAAUUCGCGACUUGCAAAAUGACGGCAUCCUUUCAAAUGACCCGCCUAUUCCGUCUCUAUUUAGCACUAAAGACACUUACCGCGACACUAAAUCCAUUUUUUUUACCGAAGCUGCUCAGGCUGAUACUUAUCCAUCGCCUCUCAACCCGACGUCUGGAAAUGCUGCUUUGCCAGCUAACCUUCUCCAGCGAUUAAACAGUGCCACAACAGCCGCUGCUGGUAUGUCUGGCACUGCAGGAAGCACCGGAAGAAAUUCAGCCCCCGCCACCCCAGGCGCCGCGGCCUUGCAUUUCCAGCAACGCCAACGAGAAUCUUCUGCUGGUGCAACAGAGAAUAAACGUCGAAGACUUAACGCAUCAUUAACAAACCUGCCUGCUGCCCCAUCCGGCCUCCGCCAGUCCUCCUUAGGUCCUGGCACGCCAAAAGCUGGAACCCCGGGUGCUACGCGGGCAGGAAGCGCGGGUCCAAGAACAACAACAGCAACCAAGAAAGCCACCAUUAAGAAAGUUGCACCGCAUCAGCAAGUGCGAAAGAUAAAGGCUGGUGCCACAGCAAGCAAAACAUCGAAACGUUCCUCUAGUGGAAACGGCCGGCUGAAACCUGUUUCCGGCAACACAGCCUCACGGAAAAGAUCGCCCGCCUCGGCGGCUAGUAUGCUCGAAGAGGAGGACGAAUCUAUGCUGAGUAGUGCCGACCUUUCAGAGUCCGAGAAUAAUGUUUCCCGUCGCCAGGCUGGCAGAGAUUCGGACGAGGAGAUGGAGGAUGAAGAGGAUGAGGGGGGAGAGGAUACUAAAGUCUACUGCACUUGUCGCAGUGUGAGCCACGGGGAUAUGGUUGCCUGCGAUAAUGAUAAUUGCCCAUAUGAAUGGUUCCAUUGGAAAUGUGUAGGGUUAACCAGGGAACCUUUGGGAACGUGGUACUGCGAGGAAUGUCGAAGGGAAUCUGGGCAAAUGAGUUGA